AAGUUGUUAACCUAACUUUUUGCUUGUCAUGUUAAAAACAAAACAUAAGAUGGAUGAUAACUCCGUAAUUUAUGGACUAGAAUUUCAGGCAAGGGCAUUAGCCCCGCAGCUCGCAGAAACUGAAAAGAUUAAAUUUAUUAUUGGAACACAGUCUUUGAAACAAGCAAAUAACCAAAUUCAUUUGGUAGAAUUUAAUGAAGAAAUAUCAACAAUAAAGACGUCAGUAUUUCACCAUUCUGAAGGAGAAAUAUGGAAAAUUACUACAAGCCCGAUAGAUUCUACAAAACUGUCUACCUGUUACAACUCGGUAACUAAUGAAAGUAGUUGUACUAUGAAAACCGCUAUUUUGAAGCUACCUGAAACAGAAAAUCCAAAUACCAUCGACGACCUAGAAGUAGCUACUAAACUAGAAACAUCUCUCUUUGGAUCUGAUGUUAAAACUACAGAUUUUCACCCAACCGAAUCUAAUAAAGCAAUUUCGGUAACUGAAAAUCAAGUCAUACUGUGGGACAUUUCAGGAGAUGAAGGAAAAAAUAUAUUAAAUAUUCAGUUAGAGGGAAAGAAUAAUCCUAAAUUUACCACUGGAAAAUGGAACCCUCAUCAAAAUUGCAAUCAGUUUACAACUGCUACUGAAACUCAUCUAAAAACGUACGACAUAAGGUCCGGAGACUUGGCUUGGGGUAUAGAUGGUGUUCAUAGUCAGUUACUACGUGAUGUGGAUUACAAUAUGAAUAAACAAUAUCACAUUGGUACGUGUGGCGAUGACGGAUUUGUUAAAAUAUGGGAUUUUAGACAAACCAAUCAGCCAGUUUUUUCAAGAAGCGAUCAUUCUCACUGGGUAUGGUGUGUUCGAUUUAACCAUUUCCAUGAUCAGCUAUUAUUAACUGCCAGUUCUGAUGCUAGAGUGUUAAUUUCAAGUGCCGCAAGCGUAAGCUCUGAAAAUAACAGUGAAUCCUGCAUUACUGACGAGACUGAUGGACUAGAAACCAAGCAAAUGUUGUCAGAUGGACCAUUACAGUGGUGCGAACAUGAGGAUAGUGUUUAUUGUGCAGAGUGGUCUCCAGCUGAACCAUGGGUUUUCGCUUCUCUUAGCUAUGAUGGUAGGCUACUUAUUUCGCGUGUGAAAAAGUCUUUAAAAUACCAGAUAAUGUUAUAAGUGGAUAGAUUAUUUAUUAUGCAUCAUUCCUUUUUUAUUUAUUAUAUGUAU